GUUACCCCGCCCGUCUGCUUGCCGUCUCCUCCCCUAAAACCCUUCCUGCGACCAACCCUUUGAGCGACUCUGGGCUUAAAAAAAUAGAGACUGAGAGAGAAAGUGAGAGAGAUAGCGAGAGCGAGCCAAAACACAUACUCCCAACAUCACUUAGACUAUCUUCUCCAGCACAACAAGGGGAGGAGGACGCACAAGUGGAGGCGCGUCCAUGCGUGCCAACCGGCAGACGAACAAGACAUUAAAGCGGGCAAAGGACCACAAAUAAAUUGGAAUAAGACUGAACUCUUUGGAAAAGCGCACAGCUUUGCAAAAACCCCCCCAAACAAACAACACCCCCAAAAAAGACAGUCUAGAUGAGUGAAUGGUAAGAAGAGUCAUGCAUCUCAACGGAGGAGCAGAUAACAGCAAAGGCUCAGUGUCUCUCAGUGUAUUCCUGGUGUCUGUUGCAUUCAUAGUAUGUGCCAUUUGGCUGGUAGCUCUGUGUGGCGUCUGCACCUGGUGCCAACGUAAACUGGGGAAGAGGAAUAAGCCCGGGAUGGAGGCUGCCAGCUCUCCAGAUUCAGUGAGAGGUCGAGGGGAAAAUAAAGCCAUCAACGAUCUAGACAGAGACUUUUGGAAUAACAAUGACAGCAGCAAUGUCCAACAGAGGUGGAGCUCCUACCCACCCAAGGAGUUCCUCUUAAACAUGUCUCCCUAUGCACCCUACGGAGACCCCCGCCUCACGCCCAAAACUCCAGGUAACAAACCAGGCAGCAGCCCCAGAGGUCAGACUCCAGACGAGACCGGACGCCGCCACGGGCAGGGCCACGAAGCCAACUCUUCUGUUUCUGACUUGGCCAACUCGGUGACCAGUGACAUGCUCAUGCUGUCACCAGGUUCAGAGGAAGAAGAACAUGAGGGUCCAGUGUGUGAAAAGCUGGGUCGUAUUCAGUUCAGUGUUGGAUACAGUUUUCAAGACUCCACCCUCACUGUGAAAAUUCUCAAAGGCCAGGAUUUGCCAGCUAAGGACUUUUCUGGCACCUCUGACCCAUUUGUCAAACUAUACCUGCUGCCAGACAAGAAGCACAAACUGGAGACAAAAGUGAAGAGGAAGAAUCUAAACCCCCACUGGAACGAGACCUUCCUUUUCGAAGGGUUCCCCUAUGAGAAGGUGGUUCAGAGGACCCUGUACCUCCAGGUUCUUGACUACGAUCGCUUCAGCAGGAACGACCCAAUAGGAGAGGUGUCCAUUCCACUCAACAAGCUGGACCUAGCCAACAUGCAGACUUUCUGGAAGGAGCUGAAACCAUGUAGCGAUGGCAGUGGAAGUCGAGGGGAUCUGUUGGUGUCUCUGUGUUACAACCCCACAGCCAACACCAUCACUGUGAGCAUCAUCAAAGCCCGCAACCUCAAAGCCAUGGACAUUGGAGGCACUUCUGACCCCUACGUAAAAGUGUGGUUGAUGCACAAGGACAAGCGUGUGGAGAAGAAGAAGACGGUGGUAAUGAAGCGCUGUCUGAACCCUGUUUUCAACGAGUCCUUCCCCUUUGACGUGCCUGCCCACGUGCUGAGGGAGACCACCAUAAUUAUCACCGUCAUGGACAAGGACAGACUCAGCCGCAAUGAUGUCAUUGGGAAGAUUUAUCUUUCAUGGAAGAGUGGCCCUGCAGAGGUAAAACACUGGAAAGACAUGAUGGGUCAUCCUCGCACUGCCGUGGCCCAGUGGCAUGCUCUUAAGGCCUGAAGGACCCAGCAGCCCACCUGCCUACAUUGUUUUCCCCUGAAGAAUCCCCCCACCCUGCCCCUGCCCUCGGCACAUAUCCCCUACUACCUAAAUGCACUGUUGGGCUUCAGACCAUCUAUCAUCUCUUUGUUCUCAGGCCUCUUUGAUAUUCCUCGCCUUCAGUUCUCAUGACACCUUCCUUAAAUUUCACCCCUGUCAAGAUCUGAUUCCCGCCUGACCCUGUCUCAUCCGUUUGUCUGAACUUAAAAAUGUCUUUGAUGUCAUACGCUCUCCUUGUUCCAUCUUUCUUUUUUUUCUCUUUUUUUUUUCUUCCACCACGUUUCCCUAAUGUUUUACAUCAGAGCAGUACCUCUUAACACCCGUAAUUACAAACUACCAACCAAAAAUGGAUCAAACAGGCAUUCCAACCAUCCGCUGUGGCAGUGUGUUUGUUUGAUUGUUUGCUUGAUUGUUUGAAUCCUUCUGUGUUUCUGUCUCUCUUCCGACAUUCCUUUAAAAUGCCUAAAAAAAAAAUCAGGAAAAGCGGCACAGGCAACAGAAGAGCGAUGGGCUGUAUUUAAAAUGGACAGGAACUGGACUCUGUCACUCAUCAUGUUUUUCACUCUUCACUCCUCCUCCUCCUUCUACCACUGUAAUAAUUCUCCCUUGGCUGGAACCCUUUGUCGUCUGUGCGUGCUGUGGGUGAUGUGCUGUAACCCCAAAUGAAGAUCGUCAAGAAAAAAAUAAGAAAAAAAGGAUAUGAACAUGAACAUUUAGCACUGGUCUAAAAGGGGCAAGUGUCAAACUGCUUUCCUAUUUUCUUUAACUCCCGAUGGACAGAAAAAAAGAGUAAAGUGAUUAAUGUUGUGUUUUAUUUAUUUAUUUAAUGAGUUUUGUUUCGAAAGAACUUAGAGAAUCAACCUGUUCUUCCAGAAAAUAAGCAAAAAGCAGCUUCCAUGAGUGUGGAAGUGUGGGGAUAAUGCGUGUGUGUGCGUGUGCGAGUGUGUGUGCGAGUGUGUGUGUGUGUGUGUGUGUGUGUGUGUGUGUGUGUGUGUGUGAGGGAGGAAAUAUUUUAGAUUUGCACGGCUGAACAAAAAAUAUUGUCGAAAACCAAACUGCCCUUGAUAACAAUGACAAAAAAUGAGAUUAGCUGAACAUGUGGGUGGAGGUCACUGAAGUUAGUGUCAGUCUGUCCAAAACACAUACACAACUUUCUAACACGCCCUUUAGUGGUCUCAAAAAAGACAGCUAGUUUCAGUUUCACAUGUAAAAGAUUUGAGCUCAGAAAAUCAGACUAACUGCCGGAAAUAUAUAACAGAGGAUUUCAUUGUCAAACAAUUUACCACUUUGAUUUUUAACGUUGUUGUGUUUUGGUAAAUGGAUAUAGUCCAGAAACCCCAAUGUAAAUGGUUUUCUUUGAGAGCAGAAAACAAUCUGUGCAAAUUGUUGACGACAUAUAGACAUGGUAAAGCAAAGGUACACCCUUUCUCAGUUCUAAAGUUUUACAUACCAGCACAUAAUAAAAAGUUAUUGACAUGUGGUAAAUACAACCUGAGAUGCACAACAACACAUUAGUUUAACUGAAACUAAGCCAAAAUGAAGAAAUAGUGUGUAGAAAGCUUAUCGAACCGCCUUUAGCAGCAAUAACUUGAGGUUAAGAGCUGGAAUUUGACUGGGCCUUUGCAACACCUUAAUUUUUAGCUUUUCUGCAAUGUUGUAGAUUUGCUGCUGUGCUUGGGAUAUUAUUGCAGCCAGGCUUUAGUUGUCAAACAAAUCGCCUCACAUUUGACUCUAGAAUAGUUUGAUAAAUAACUGCAAGGUGUCCAGGUCCUGUGGCUGCAAGCCCAAAUCAUCACCCCUCCACCACCGUGCUUGACAGUUGAUGUUUGUGCUGAUCUGCUGUGUUUGGGUUUCUCCAAAUGUGGCGCUAUGACCAAACAUCUAAGGUGCACAUAGUUUUUCACACACACUGUUUUGGCAUUUUGGCUUAAUGUUUCUUGAAUUAAAAAAUGAGACUGUGUAGUAUGUUUUAUACUUCAUGUGAGGUUGUAUUUACCUCAUUGUAAGACCUGCUAGGACAGAUUAUGUUUUUUAUGUCCUGAUAUUUAAACCUUUUUUCUUUUUUUCUUUUUCUUUUUUUUACCACUACGUUUUCCGAGUUUAUAAGAAAAUAUUGAGUCCUACAACUAGAAUUUCACUUUUUUCCAUCACAUUUCACUGCUGUGGUACCACAGCAGCCAACCGUUAAUGCAUGGCUUGAUAACACUAGUGAUAGAUUGGAAAAACAUUUUUUGAGAUCUUAUGUCCUCUUUCUAGCUUUUUACUGCUGUUUUUUUAACCAUCUCCAAGAUCUCAUGGUGAUAAAGUGCCCAAUCCUACACCAUGGCAUUGCACCAAUAUGCAAUACCAGCAAGUUUCUCUAAGUCCAGUACAUCAGUGGCAGUGACCAGAAACUACAAGAAAAAUAUUUCUUACAGUAGUAACUUAAAACUGGCUGUUUUGGUGCGAUGCCACUUUGUGCUCUCAAGAAAUCUCAGAUUGUAUGUGCAGGCUCCGCCUGAGCAAACUGCUCUGGGCAGCCAUGAGUAAUAGUCAGUAGUAGUCAAAAGAAAGCAGACCUUGAGGGUUUUUUAAAAAUGUAUUUAUAUAGUUGAGAUUUGUGUUUUCAAGGUUGACCAUGAACAUUUAGACUCUUUUUUUGGGAUGAACUGACAAUUUAUGAAUACAUGCAGUAAAAUAUGAGAAGAAAUCACAUGAAAUCAAAAGUUUAUAAACUGUUACAAGAUUACAAAUUACAAAUAUGCCCAAAAUACAAAAUAAGACUGCAGCCAUAAGUUGCAGACGUUGUCAAGAGAUUAAGAGCCCAGGAAUAUCAUGGACUACAACUGGGUCGUUAAUCUAGACUUAAAGACAGCAGCAUUUGGAGGAUUUGUAACGGACACAGGGAGUGGAGCUGCAGUUGAGAAAGCCCUGUCACCUUUCUGUUUGAAACGAGAACUGGGAAUGUAAAGUCAGAGUUUGUCUUUAUUUAGUUAUUUUUUUUUAAACAUCUUUGCUGCCUGAAUGCGACCUCCCUCAAGUCCUGUACAGACACGAGCUGUUGGGAUGAAUGGAAACAAAUGAGAGUAAUAACACCUGGGGUUGGGAAAAGUCUUUUUACAUUCCACUGUUUGUUUUUUGUCUACUGGAUGUAUGUGUGUGUGUUUGCACCGUGGUUGAAUGUCAGUAUUUGAACUUAUGUUUGUGUGAUUGUAUUUACUGUGAGUCCCUGUGUGUAUAUCUGCACUGAGUUCUAUUUUGCCAGUUUAAUACUGAACAGCAUUCUUUGCUGUUUUUAUUCUGUAUGAAUCCAGCUGUACAGAGAAGUAUGUUCUUUUCUUCUUUUUUUUAAGUUGUCACUUCUUGAAGAAUCACUGCACUUGUUGACGAUGAUGCUGGAACAAACCUCUCUUCACAGCAGGCUUAUUUUCCUCAUGUUUGGAGGACAUUUAGAUCUCUUAUACAUGAGCUGAGAGUGAAGGUCACAAGAAAAAAGCUUUACAACAACCACAGAUAAAAGUUGCUCCAUUUGACCGCCAUACACCAGAUUUUCAGUUUAAACAAAAGCAGCUGAAGACGUUUUUCCUCUAUGCCCUAUCUCGCCUCUCUAAGUGGACCAAUCUAAUUCACCAAGGCCAAAAAACGAAGGGUUGCUCCUUCACGUCACAGCUGAUGCUCCCUCAAAACACCCCCAUUGUGCACACAUGCUUUCUGGCACAAAGUAUUCUGUGUGUGCCUUAUGAACCCCGUCACGCCUUGCUCUUCACCAUAUGCGCUCCCUCUCCAAGUGUCAGGAAGGGAGGAGGGGGGGAAAAAGGUGAGACAGGAGAUAAUCAUCACCUCUUUGCUUCACUGUUAGCUACAUCUCAGGUCAGAGCAGAGCCUUGGAGCAUCCCAAAAUAACCACCUCUCAUAUUCAUCUGUCUGUCCUGAUGUACUGCCCUGCUGACAAAGCAUUACAUUCCAAAGGCUUAGUGAAAGUCAAUCAAUGCAAUUUAAAUAUUGGUUAAAGAUCAGUCAGGGUUUGAUACAUUUUUUUAAGAAAUCGAGCUAAAAUUGUCUUCUACACUCGUCACUGGCCAAAAACCAAACACUGGUAAAGUUUACUGGACAAGCUCGCAUUUCUGUUUUAGGGCAUUCUCUUUAGGGACUGCUUGAGACAAAGAGAGGUUAAUCAGCAACAUUUUAAUUUAUAUACUGACUGUAUAAAAUGAUUGUGAAAAUGUUCUGUAUGGAGAAAAAAAGAGAAAAAGAACCAUCAUUACUAAUGGGGUUGUAGAUAUCUAUCCUUGAUAUCACAAACCCCCCUGUUUCACUCCCUUUCUCUUUGUAGUUACACAUCCGUGGGGUGCACAAUGUUAAAUAUUGACCAUUUAUUUUUUUGAAAUCUGUACAGUGUAUAUAAUGAUAUAAAUGUAUAUAUAAAACAAA